UUUUUUAAUUAUAAUAAAUAUCGUUGUUUAUCACAUUUUAUUAACAUCUUGUCUAUUCUUGUGAAUAUUCGUGCUAUGGAAAAUUCAAAUUCUGGUAGAUUUAAUUUUAAGUUUUGCUGUAAUCCUCGAAAAUUGGAAAAUCAUAGAGCAAAAAAAAGUCUCCGACAAGCUUCUGUUAAACAACAAACUGCACAUAAUUUAACUAAUAAAGACUAUCUCUGCACCUCGUGCAGAAAAGCACUAGAUUCACAAAUUACUGCAUUCAAUUCUGUUGUUAAAGUUAAUGACUGUGUUGAAGAGGAAUUGAAAGAAGUUCGUUCUAAAACAUCAGAAGUACCAUUAAUUGUUCAAUAUGUCGUAAUUAGAGGAGACUUAUUAAAAACAAUGGGCUGGCCUGUUGGGGCUGUAAUUGCACAAGCAUGUCAUGCUAGCACGGCAGUAACUCACAUGUUUUACAAUGAUCCACACACACAAAAGUAUCUUGCUGAUUUGGAUAAUAUGCAUAAAAUAGUUCUUGAAGCUACAGAUGAAUCUAAAUUAACCGGUUUGCAUUCAAAAUUGUCGGAGGCAGAAAUCGAUCAUAAAUUAUGGAUUGAACAACCAGAAAACAUUCCAACUUGUCUGGUCUGUAAGCCGUAUCCCAAAAGUGAAAUUUCUAAAUUUUUUAAAAAGUUCAAACUAUUCAAAUAA